GAAGCUAUACUGUUGAUCAGUUUAUUGGAAAGAGGCUGAGCUCACUCUGGUGCAGACAAUCAUCACCAUGUGACUGUCGAGAACAGACUUGAACAGAAGAGAGGCGCAGAACCUGAUCCAUGCGUCUGGAUCAGCAGCAUCAGACGUGGAUUUCUCCUCCUCCUCCUCCUCCUCCUCCUCCUCCUGCUCCUCUUGCAGAGGUGGUAACACAGUUUAUCGGAAGUUACCCGAAAUAAACCUGCCUGACAUGUUUUGGUUCGAGCAAGGUCUGUGCUUCUUGCCAGCGUUUCUGGUCGUCUGGUCCUCCUCCACCUUCAUCGUUUCCUACCUGAUCGCGAUUUGCAGACACGACGUCGAUGUAAUCUUCCCAUACAUCAGUGACACAGGUGCAGAACCCCCUGAGAGCUGCAUUUUUGGCCUGAUGACAUUCAUCUCUGCCUGUGCAGGAGUAUCCACCAUUUACGCCAGAUACAAGUUUGUGGAGAAGCUGGGUCAGGAAACAGGCGUGGCGAGGACGUGUCUCAAUAGAACUGGUCUGGUGCUUGGGAUGCUCUCCUGUCUGAGCAUGUGCAUCGUUGCGACCUUUCAGGAAACAACACUGAUAAUUGUUCAUGAUGCAGGAGCUUUGCUGUUCUUCUCGUCCGGCGUCUUAUACAUAAUCCUCCAGUCGGUCAUUUCAUAUCAGACCUAUCCGUUCGGAUCCUCCUCCUGCCUCUAUCGAGUACGUUCGGGCAUCGCCAUCCUUGCUGCGCUGGCGUUUUUCCCCACUGCCAUCUGUGCGUAUUUUGUGAAGCAGAGCAAGCUGCACAGAGACACAGACGACAAGGACUAUCCUUUCCAUCUGGCCAGCGCUGUGUGUGAGUGGAUCGUUGCCUUCAGCUUCAUCUGCUUCUUCUACACGUACAUCGACGAUUUCAAACUUUUUACUCUACGUGUGAAAACAGAGCUGAAGGAGUCGUCUUGAUCUACAGCUGAAUGUCAGUAUUUACGCGGCUCUUUUAUGCUGAUUUAUUUUUGUACACAACAUCAUAGGAUGAGUUCAGGUUCAUUUUGACAGAUUCUGUGUUUAAGCCAAAAAGAACCGACCACAGCCUGAUUCUUUCUACUAUUUAUAUGUCAGCAAAUUAUAUUACAAGUGUACUCAUUGCCGCCUGUGUACACACGACCGUCACUUUGCACUUUGUACUCGACUCCUGCCACACCACUUCCCGGAGCUGUGACCACCAAUAUAAGAAGUCGUCAUCGUGCUGUGAUCACAUGACCGCUGCCCGUGUGAUUUAAUCCAAAUCAAACCAACGAUACUGUAUGUAUAUGGAGGUGCUCUUUUUAUAAUGUACACUGAGAAAUUGAUGUUAUUCAAAUGCUGCCAGCUCUUCAAUAGAACUUAUUUUGUAAUUGUAGUAUUCUGUAUGUAUUUUCCAGUUGUGUCUUCCUCGCAUCACUGUACUGUCGUGACAACCAUAUAGGGAGAAAGUCUCUCUCAGUGGAAGCUCAGGUUCAGAGUUUGUGUACUGACUGUACACUGUGAUCAUAUGGUGCAGCUAUGGACGUUACUGUGCACGUGUCCACAUCCUGUAAUCGUGGGAAUCAAGCUGCUUAACAGAGGAGAAUUAGACCAUUUAAUUCAUUAGGUUCCGCAAUGAAACUGACAAAUCUAACUCAACUCAACAUAAACAGGAAGUUGUUUCUUCGAUGUGCUAUCAGUCUCAUAGUAUGCAUAGUGCUUCCUUUUCACACUAAAUUUAGGUCUCUAAAUAAUGCAACUCAUGAGUUACAUUUUGUUUCCUGUCUUUUAAGUGAAGAUUUUUCUACAUUAUGAAGCCCCGGGUUGGAAACCAGUGCCCUAGAGCAUAACAGCAUUAUAUUUUUAUUGACAUAAGUAAACCCACCAAAUUCUAAUCAGUUCAUCUUUGAGUCAAACUGAAAGUUUUUAUUUCCUCUGGUUUUUGAUCUCCUCGAGUCGUGUUUACAAGGAUGGGACGGACAACCCAAAAACCCGAUGCCUGUGGUCACUG